UAUGCUCAAAAUUCCUUGUAAGUAUCAUCCUAAUUCAUAUGUUGAAAGAAUAUGUGCAAGUUCAUCUUGUAAAAGAGAUCCUACAUUAUGUUGGGAAUGUAUGAUUGAUGAAGCUGAUCAUGCUAGAAAUCAUAGAGAUGUUAUGGUAUUUUUGAAUUUCAAAUUUAGAUUGAUUUUGAUAAUUUUACUACUAGACUAGAUGAAGAGUUCAGAAAUGUGUUGGAGAAGAGAAAAAAAGAUUAAGCAUUAGCUAUGGAAGGACAUUUGAAGUUAUUACAAACUAAAUAAGAUUUUAUAGAUAGAUAUGAAUCAUAGAUCAAUAACAGAAAAUGUUGGGUUGAUUACAUUAUAGCUGAUACAAAUAAUCUAUUAAUUUAAUUAUUAGAGAAAGUGAAAUCAGAACUUUAUGAACAUUAUGAUGAAAGAUUUCUUUAAUAUUAAAAUUCGUUAAACUUUAUAGUUUAAUCUAUACAACAUAGAUAUGGUUUGGUACCACUUCCUACAAAAGAAGAAAUGUUUAAUACAUUAUAAGAGUUGUCUAAAUAAAAUAAAGAAUGUAACACUUAUGUAAGUGAAUUGAAGAUUAAAUUAUUACCACCUGAAGAUUUAGGCAAAAAUCUAGCAUUUAUAGAUACAUAUUAAGAAUUUUAAAUUUAAAAUGAUCUAAUUGAAGAAUUAGAAAAAUAAUGGGCAGAAACACCUUAGACUGAUCCAGAUAAUCCUACAUUUUAAUAGGAAUAAAAUUUUAUAGAAAUUAUGAAUUCUAUUAAAUAAUAAUGUGAAGUACUUAUGGAUGAAUUCAAAACAUAAAUUAAUUUAAAAGAUUUAAUACUUUCAAGAAAUACUCAAUAUUAAAAUCCUGAUGAAUCUUUAAACAGUAUUAUUAAUUCAUAAUUCUAUUCUAGUUCUAAGUGAUGUCAAGAAUUAAACUUCUGAUCAUAAAUUAACAAAAACAUAAAGAUAAUAUGAUAGUCCUAAACUAUUUGAAACUGUUUAACCUAAUUCUCCUGUUUAUAAUGCUGGAAUUGAAAAUAAUAAUUCUUAAGCCUUGAAAUUCUAAUCCAGUUAAUAAAGUAGAAUAUCUAGCUAAUCACGUAUUAAAUUUUAUAGAACUGUUGAAACAUCAUAAAUGAGAGGAGUUACUAGUUUAUUAUAAGUAGAUUAGAGAACUAUUGCUUCUGGUAGUAGAGAUAAGACAAUAAGAAUUAACAAUUUAGAAGUUCCUCAAUAAAGUUAUACUUUAGAAGGUCAUGUUGAUUAAGUUACAGCUCUUUGUAUGUUUUAAGAAAAGUUAUUAAUUUCAGGAGGAGGUAAUCUUGAUUCUUCAAUAAUUAUUUGGUCUUUGUCUACUAGAAAAUAGAUUAAUAAAUUAACAGGACAUUAAUCUGGAAUCACAUCUUUAAUUGAAUUAUCAGAUAAUCAUAGUAUUUUAAGUGGUAGUUAUGAUAAUUUGGCUAUAAUUUGGAAUGUUACUUCAGGUAAAUCUAUUUGUGCAUUAAAAAAACAUACAGCUAUGGUUUCAUGUCUAUAACUUGUAAAAAGAGAUAUUGUUGUAACAGGUUCAUGGGAUAGAACAUUAGCUAUUUGGUAGUUAUAUUUUGAAGGAGAAGAAAUAGUAUCUGCUUCUUAUUUAAGAGACAUUAAGACUGAAGGAGCUGUUUUAUGUGUAAAAAAGUAUUCUGAAAGAAGUAUCAUUUUUGGAGGAACUUCAAAUAAAGUUUCAGUAGUGGAUUGGAUGAAUGGAGAGAUUAAACUAAAGUUAAAUACAUCUUAAUUUGGUAUUUGUGAUAUCAUUUGUUCUGAUUAUCUAUUGGGAUUAGGGGCUAGUGAUUCUACAAUUAGAUUAUGGGUUAAUAAUUAAGAAAUCGAAGUCUAUAGAGAUCAUAAAAUUAUUAUUAAUAACUAUAAUACAAAUCCAAAAAUGAUAUAAGUUUGCAAAAAUCAGAUUGCUGUUAUUAAUAAUAAAGAUGAAUAGCCUCAUUUCAAUAUAUUUAUUAUUGAAUGA